GAAAUGUUAGUUCAUGUUUAUUUUUUCCAAGCCCUUUUUUUAAAUUCCUCUCAGGUAUUUUAAAUUUGUUAUAAGUAUAGAAACUGAAAACUGAAAUUAAAAAAGAAACUUGUGUAAAACAAUCUCGUUAAAGAUCAAGUGGUUCAACAGGUUCUUUUUGUAAAUAGCUGGACAGAAACCUAAUGCAUUACUCAUACAUACUAUCACAUAUAACACCUAUCUUGGAAUAUUUUGAUUUAAAAAUAGGAUUUUAUAAGGCAAGAUAAAAGCAAAGAGAAAUAAUAUCUUGCUUUUAGUUUUGGUUUCCAAGCAGUAGUUUCAACGUCAUGGCACCACCUGAAACCACGAAUCGUACUUUAUGCUGGGAAUAGAAACUCUGACAUAAACCAAAACAUCAGUGGUUUCAACAACAAAACUGCAUCUCUACUAAUGUGCUUUACCUGAAUGGCGUAUCCAACUGGUACCAUCGCUAAGGGUGGUUUUGGGAAGGUGUACAGAGAAAACUACAAUGGGACUUGGGCUGCUAUAAAGAAAGUCCCUCACUACCUCAUCACCAAGAAGGAUUUGGAAAGAGAAUGUGAAGUGUACAAUAAAUCAAGCCAUCCCAACAUAGUGAGGCUUCUCGGGGACAUAACCCUCACAGAUGGGAAAUGGAUCAUUCCACUAGAGUUUAUCCAUGGAGAAGACUUGGAGACAACUAUAUUCAAAGCAGCAAAGUCUAAGCUACUGCUGACUCCUACCACUAAAGCCAUCAUAAUUGUUGGGAUGUGUGAAGGCCUGCUUCAUCUGCACUCCAAAGACAUCGUUCAUCAAGACCUCAAGCCAGAAAAUAUCAUGGUUGAACAUGGCACAAACCGAGCUGUGAUCAUUGACUUGGGACUGGCCAAGUUCUUCAGGUAUGGACUGAGCUCCGCAGUUGACAUGGGAAACGAGGCUUACUCCCCUCCAGAGGUGCUACAAAGAAGGUCACCGCGAAACCAGCUAUCAGAUGUUUGGGCUAUGGGAAAGAUCAUUGCUGAAUUUCUGGCCCGAGUCCGGCUGUACACACCCACCGUCUGUCCAGCGAAGAUCCGAGAGGUCCUGGGGACUCAAGCUUACUGCAGUCCAGUUUGUCGAAUGGUGGAGCAAAACCCAUCUCGAAGAUCAACAAUGGCUGGAGUCAUUGAGGAAUUACGACAGGCAGGGGGCUUAGGUCGGAUCACUUAUCCAAAUCCUCCAAAAGAUAACCUUAGUGUACCAGGAAACAAUGCUGCAGACAGAAGGCAAAGUCCAGGGCGAAUAGGUAGAAGCCCAUCUCCACAAAACAGAAAUCUCAGACCUAUGAAUAGAGGACUUUCACCAUUUAGAGGGGAACCAUCCCCUUUUCGCCGAGAUUUAUCUCCAUCCCCAUUUCACAGACACAGAUCUCCAUCCCCAUUUCUCAGACACAGAUCUCCAUCACCGUUUCACCAAAAUAGGUUCGAUCACUAAUGAGAAAAAGCCAACAAACUUCAGCUCUUCACCCC